UUGGUUUGACUUCAAAGCAAGAGGGAGCAGCACCAGCUGCAGGACCACAGCAUGUCCCACAGCCAGCUGCCCAAUGACUCCUGGCACAACAGCUCAGAUCCUCUCUUCACUGGCUUGGACCUCCUCUUGCAGCUGAAGCCCCUCUUCAUCCCUCUCUACACCAUGCUGGUGGCCGUGGCAUGCACAGGGAACCUCUUCCUCAUCCUCCUCAUCGCUCUCACCAAGAAGCUUCACUGCACCACCAAUUUCCUCAUUGGGAACCUGGCAGCAGCUGACCUCAUCAUGUGCCUGGCCUGCGUCCCCCUCACAGUCUCCUACGCCUUCGAGGUGCGGGGCUGGCUCUUUGGCACCUUCCUGUGCCACUUUGUCACCCUGCUGCAGGCUGCCACUGUCUUCGUCUCGGUGCUGUCCCUCACCGCCAUCGCCAUCGACCGCUACGUGGUGGUCGCCCACCCCCUCCGCAGGAGGGUGAGCCGCAGGUCCUGCGUCUGCCUCGUGGCCUGCAUCUGGCUGCUCUCCCUCCUGGCCUCCCUGCCCACCUGGCUGCACACUCACUACUUGGACCUGAACGCCAUCGGCCACGACAUGAUCAUCUGCGAGGAGUUCUGGCAGCAGGAGGAGCGAGCGCGGCUGCUCUACUCCUGCCUGCUGCUGCUCCUGUCCUACCUGCUCCCACUCCUGGCCGUCUCCAUCUCCUUCUGCGCCAUCUCCUACCACCUGCGGAGGAGGAGCGUCCCGGGUGCCGCCUGUCCCUGCCAGGACAAAUGGACCAAAACCAAGCAGAAGACCUUCCGGGUGCUCACCGUCUCGGUGCUGAGCUUUGCUAUCUGCUGGCUGCCCCUCCAGGUGGUGAACUUCAUCAGAGACAUCGACGAGGAGUUCACCAUCCUGGACAAGAGGUAUGUCAACGUCAUCCAGGUCUCGUGCCACCUGGUCGCCAUGAGCUCUGCCUGCUACAACCCCUUCAUCUACGCCGCCCUCCACGACAAGUUCUGGCUCCACCUCAGCAGCUGCUUCUACCGCAAGAGGAAGAGCUGCAGCACCAGGUCCUGCAAAGCCUCUCGCUUCAACACCUGCUCCACCUUGGCAGAUGCUCCCACCGGGCUCUCGGACAAGAUAGCUCUGCACAGUAGGUUCUCUUCACUGGAGGACCCCAAGAGAUCAGUUUUGCUUUCAGACCUGGUGUGAACUUUGCU